AUGGCAUAUUCAAUAGCAAAAACUGUGAUCAAUAUUGUAUUGAAAACUGAAAGCGAUAAUGAAUUACAACAUUUAAUCAAUCAAAUGACUGAUUUUUAUGUUACUAUGAUUCAAGAUACACUAAGAAUGAAAAAUGCUAUUGAAUUAUCAAAAAAAAUGCAAUUCAUGAAAUUAUAG